AUGAAGUUUCCUCUCUUCUUGCUUCUAGUUCUGUGUUCAACAAACACCGCCGCCUAUGGCAUCUCUGGUGCCUACGAGCGAAUGUUAUACUGGUAUGCCUAUGAGCUAGAUCAGCAAGCGGACGGGCCCAAGGUGGUUGCAAAGCGUUGCGCAGGAGAAUUUGGUGUGAAAACAUGCAAUCUCAAGCAAUUCCUCACCUACAUUGCAGAGGGCCCGGGGGAGAAGGCCAACGCUCGAUCGCUCCCAGACGCCAUCAACGGACACAGUAUAAAAGCCGACACAGCUGCUGAGAUGAUUCACCGUGGUCACCUUACUGGAUCCUACCGAAUAAAUUAUGUUUACGAGAUGGUAGAUAAAGCACCUGAUCUGUUCGCAAUGAUUGCAAGACAUGGACGAGGAGUUAACCGCCCCCAAACAAGUUUGAUUAGUGAUAAAACCGCUGGGAAGAGUGUGCGUCACUAUCCCCUGAAUCAAGUCAUGACUGCACGGAAACGGAUUGAGGAUAUGCGUGUAGCAGGUAAUAUUCAGGCGGCCGGCGAUCAUCUUCGUCAGAAGUUCGAUGCAAAUCAUGUUCCAGCAAACGACUUAUCAGGAGGCACCCCUGUAACCCAGGGUUUGGUUGUCGAGACAAGCGAACGAGUCAGUCUGGAGAAUAACCUGCGCUACAUCGCAGUGAAUCUGCAGGAAGCAGGUGAACGGAUCCAAGCAACUAACCCACCUAAUGCUGAGCCCGAGGGGUCUGGCUUCAAUCUGAGCUAA